CUCAGCUCUCUCCUCUGGUGGGUGUGUUAGCUGUUUACUUCACUGGAUUGGCAGGCAGAGGACUUACAGUAGCGUUACAGAAAUCAUGGGAAGAAAGAAAAAAAAGCAGAUGAAGCCUUGGUGCUGGUACUGUAACAGAGAUUUCGAUGAUGAGAAGAUCCUCAUUCAGCAUCAGAAGGCCAAGCAUUUCAAGUGCCACAUCUGUCAUAAAAAGCUGUACACGGGCCCCGGACUUGCAAUCCACUGCAUGCAGGUACAUAAAGAGACUAUUGAUGGAGUCCCUAAUGCAAUACCUGGAAGGACGGAUAUCGAGCUGGAAAUAUAUGGCAUGGAAGGUAUCCCGGAAAAAGACAUGGAAGAGAGAAGAAGAGUACUGGAGCAAAAGAACCAAGAGACUCAAAAGAAAAAGCAGAACCAGGAUGACUCUGAUGAGUAUGAUGAGGAUGAUGAGCCUGGUCCCUCCUUCCAGCAGCCCGCUGUAGGCCAGCCACAGGCAGGCUUCAUACCCCCUAUGACCCAGCCUGGAAUGCCUCCUGGCUCUGGUGCUCCAGUAAUACCACCGGGCAGCUACUCAGGAAUUCCCCCAAUGAUGCCAGGUGUGCCACCAAUGAUGCCAGGAAUGCCCCCUGUAAUGCCAGGAAUGCCUCCAGGAAUGAUACCAAUGGGCGGGAUGAUGCCCCCAGGUCCAGGGAUGCCACCAAUGAUGCCAGGUGUGCCACCAGGCAUGCCUCCUCCCGUGGGCCACCGUCCUGGCAUCACACACAUGGCUCAGGUUCCCCCUGCUGCUAACGUGCUGACCAGACCUGCUGUUGUUGCUGCCACUGUCCCCUCAGUCCAGCCAGAUGUCACAAAGCCUCUUUUCCCCAUUGCUGGACAGAUGGGCAGUCGUGUUGCAAGUACAAGUGCAGGCUCAUCAUGUGCGGACUCUCAGUCUGCCUCCCCUAAAGCUCUGUUCGCUAUCACAUCACAAAGCCAGCAGUCAGGGCCCCCCCACGCUCCCCCCUCUUCCUCCUCUGACCCCUCAAAGCCCACAUUCCCGGCCUACACUCAGGACGCCGUAGCGGUGGCCAGCCCCAACGCUGGCACCAGUACGGUCUCCAAACCUCCCUCUACCGUGACCAGUAAGCCUGCCACCCUCACCACCUCCAGUGCAACCAGUAAGUUGAUCCACCCUGAUGAGGAUAUCUCACUGGAAGAGUUGCGUGCUCAGUUGCCGAGGUACCAGCGCUGCAUUGCCCGCCAAGGCCAGACGCCUGCUACUGUCAGUCCGUCAGUGGCUCCCGUGGGUGGCAUGAUUCCUCCACAGCAGCCCGGCAUGAGGCAUCCCAUACCUGGCCAAUAUGGUGGUCCACCUCAGGGGAUGCCCGGCUACAUGCCAGGUGGGAUGCCUCCAUACGGACAGGCUCCUCCUGUGGUCCCCCCAGGGUACCAGGGAGCCCCUCCACGGCCGCCCAUGGGUAUGAGACCCCCUGUCAUGUCUCCUGGAGCCCGCUACUGAAGCCUGCCAUCCUCUCUUCAAUAGGUUUGGACACUCAACCCUUUUCUAAUGUCCUCAGCUGCUAGUAGACAAACGAGUAUCGGUAUUAUAGUACCACAACGUACUGUUUAUUCUACUACUGAGCUAUGAGGAAGAGACACUGAAUAAACAGCAAACAAAAGAGCUAUAACAGCAUCACAGAGCGCAUGGGAAAUAUUUACACUGUACCUAACCAAGACUAUGAACUGUUGUUUCAAACCAACUCUGUUCUGUGGCUUUUUUUCCUUCUCAUGUUUCAUUCAGGUGUAUAGAAGUGUAGUAGAUAUGGUUCGUAGUGUUGUGAAGGCGCUGGAGUUACAUGGGCAGUACCCACCCUUUAUCAAGGCAAGUUUUUAUGUAAAUACAUUUCUGUUCUAAGCUAAACAGUGAGGCCUUCACAGCACGUAGUGCUGUUGGACCUCGUGUCCCCAACUUUGUUUGGUGAGGGCUUCAGAAAACUGUUUAUGCUUUCAUUCUGUUUAAUGUUCAUAGUUUUAAUGAGGAGAUACUCCCAUAACCUUAAAUAGUUGAAGUACUUAAUGAAGUGGUAUGUGUAAUGUUGUAAAACUGUAUUGUAAUAAAAUGUGGCAAAAAUUUAAGACUCUUCUUUGCGGGACGUUAGUGGGAAAAGAGACGUCACAGCAGGUUUGUACUCCAGUUAUAGACGUGGACUUUUGAUGAACAAUAUUGUCAGAAAACGUGCAUCUGUGCUGAAAUUAAAAAUGUUGCUAAAUGUUGUAAGCAGUAUAUUGUUUUUUAAAGAAAAUGCUCUGUACAUGGCGAGUACAUUGUGCAGGUGCAUAACUUCGGGGUCGCUGCUGGCUGUAGUGCUAAAACCCAGAUUUCUCUUCUCCCUGUAGCGAUGCCAUGGGGGACUGGCUGAGGCCCUGUCUCAGUGUAGCCCUGUUUCAGCCUGAGGCAAGUCUCACCAUUUUCUGUCUUCUCAUUCAUUACCAGGGGCCCUCACAGCUUACACGCUGUUGGAUCUCUAUGUCCCCAAACUUGCAGCAAGUUUGGUGAAGGCCCUUGUUUGUGUUGUUGCGUUUAGGCACCAUUUUCUUCAAUCAUGUGACUUAUGUUUCUGAUUGUUAAGCUCUUAGGUGUCAUUCAACCUUUUGUUCCUCUUUUAUUGGUUAGUGAAAACAUCAGGAAGCUCUGUUUUCAUGUAGUAACUUUAUACUUAAAGUAUGAAGCUUUUAAAUGAAGCUUUUGAUGUUAACUAGUCCUGAAGUCCACAACAGCUUAAUGUCUGAAAUGUUCAUGGACACCUUUAACAGCCUGUCACAUACAGCAAUAUGUACAUAAAAUGUUGUUUGGGAUGUUUGUGAUGUACAAGUGACUUUUCAUAUGCUUGUAAAAAAAUGGCUUUACUACUAAAUCCUGUUUGUUUCAUCAGCUGUCCUCACUUGAUCAUUAACUUCUUACAUUGAAGGAGAAUCCCUACCAGUAACAGGUUAGUUAAAGCUGUAAGUACCACUGCUGUAAUUUUAAUGUGUUUUGUGUGCACACAUAAUAAUAUCAGAUCUUAAUGUCUGUCACUCUUUUGAAAAAACUAAAUGAACCCACACCAAUUGUUCAGCAGCUUACAAUAAUAGCAGCAAGUCGUACAAAACGAUCUCAAGACAUAACUCGAGGCAGAAAAGUCCAUUAAGUUAACCCUUUAUUGGGCGAAGAACCGUAUUUGGUAACUUCAGUGGCUAUCCAAAACAGGGUCCCCAUGUCUCUCUGUUAGGUCGUAGAACCACAUGGAUUUCUCCCAGCUAAUCAGCAAAGAUCAGGCAUUUUUAUUAUUCUUCAAUGACUUGUACGAGGAGAACUUGACUAUGACGGCAUAUUAGCGCCAAGUAUGAAUGAAAAUACAAACCUGGGGGGGAAGGGGGGGGUAAUAUUUCGAGAAA